AUGAGUUCUUCCUCUCACUAUCACUUUUCUGCUGUCGCUGCCAUCGCAAGCAUCGCCAUUGCUAGUUUAGCAUUGACGACCACCUCCUACUCUACCACCAUCAACAAAAGGUCGUUACGAAUGUCAAAAGGCCAUUCACCUGGAAAGAUCAUAAGGUUGGAUGGACAUUGUUCCGCUUCCCUUCGCUCUAUCAUCAAGGCGCUGGCUACUUUGGUUUCUUUUCAAUCCUAUUUGGCAGAACUACAAACAUAUCAACAGCAAAAAACCGAUGUACCAUCCUUGAUCGAUUCCUUGUGCACGGCCAUCCAAUCAUUCUAUGAUCCCGAGAUUCGUCGCAAGCGUCCGAAGCCUGUGGUUGAUUUAUUUCGAGCAUUGGAGCAUCAGCAAGUGAUAAAUCAGGAUGAUACAAAUCGUGAUGUAUGCAAGUUAUUUGACGCCAUUUCAAAAGCAAUCACUUUGGGCCAAGAGACACAAUACUGGGAGGAGCCAUAUUCAUUACUUGACGCUAUGGAAGCAGACCUAGAUACCUUAGACACGGCAUCCGUUUCAUCUAUUGAAUCAGUGUUUUCGGUGUCAUCCUUUGGAAGUCACCCACGACCUAGACGACAUGGCCCUAGAAAUCCCCUCAUCGGCUUGACUGGAACCAAGUUUACAUGCAUUCAAUGUGGAUACACGAGCCCAAUCCAGCAUGAUGCCUUCCAUGUGCUCUCAUUGCAAGCUUCACUAACGGAUCACAAGGCAUUAGAAGAAUGUCUCAAGGACUUUACUGCACCCCAACGUAUGAAAGGAAUGUUUUGUCGUAAAUGCAUGUUAUCGGCUACAUUGGAAUCUUUAUCAAGUCAAAGGCUCAAGCCGGAUGCAAGCGAAGAGGAAGUGAAUGAACAUGCUGGGAAGAUCCAAGUACUCAAGGAUGCAAUACGCUACAAUGUCGAAGCACCUUUGCCUGGUAUCCCGCUUGUUCAAACGACAUCAUGCAUUGAAAAGCAAACGCUAUUCGCCAAUCCACCCAAGGCAUUAUGCAUCCAGUUACCCUUGUCAAGAUCGCACAAUUUGAUUCCCGAAACGCUUGAUUUGGCACCCUAUACAACAGACAACGAUUUGACCGAACCACGCCGACGACUCAGUCGACCAAGUCGCAUUUUCCUUCGCAACAUGGCAGCAGGUCAUCGAUUCGUGCAUGGGCCUGAUGGACUCAAGCUGGCUCUUAAGGAUGAUAUUCAAUUACCGAUACAAGACGCUUUACCCUCUCUUUCUAUUCCUGGAUUACCAGUACGAUCGGUGGUGUAUCGCUUGCGUUCAGUCAUUAUUCAAGAUGCCCAAGGACGUUGCAUUACAUCUAUUGGCAAACCCACUAGUACACCAUCUCGAUUUCGAUUCGCAAGUCAAUUGAAAAAAGCACGUAGUGACAACAUCAGCAAUUUGAAUCAUAAUGAAGCAUCCAUGUUGUUUUAUGAGCGAGAUGAAUAA